GUACCAACCACCAACAUGCGGAAUGUGUUGACUUCAGCCAACGUGUGAAGUGAGAAAUAAGUAAUUAACUAACUGUAGCUGACAAAAAAAUAUUUAAGUUUGGGGAUUCAACGUGAGCAAGAUGGCAAACCCCAACCUUCAAUUCAAAACCAAUUAUGUCGUUGACAGCAAGAUUGAGCCGUUUUACAAAGGAGGAAAAGUGCAGAUCAGCAAAGAUGAACAGUACAUCUUUUGCACGUGUGAAUCUCGUGUCAACGUUUUGGAGAUCAGCACAGGGAAGAUUGUCCACAGUGUUCAGCAUGAUGAUCAAGAGGACAUCACAUCCUUUGCACUCAGCUGUGACGAUGAGAUGCUGGUAACGGCUAGUAGAGCUCUGCUGCUGAAGCAGUGGGACUGGAGGCAAGCUCAGUGUACUCGCUCCUGGAGGGCCAUUCACACUGUUCCUGUGGCCAGUAUGACCUUUGACUCCACCUCUACACUCGUGGCCACAGGUGGCUGUGAUGGCACUAUAAAGCUUUGGGAUGUGGUGAAGCAGUACUGCACACACAACCUUAAAGGCUCAUCUGGUGUUGUUCACCUGGUCCAGUUCCACCCAGACAUCAGCAGGCUGCAGCUCUUCUCCUCCUCUCUGGACUGUGGCAUUCGGCUGUGGGACCUGCGCUCCAGUCAGUGUGUGUGUGUGCUGCAGAGCCACUACAGCGCUGUCACCUCCCUCAGCUUCAGUCCCGACGGCGGCACCAUGGUCAGUUCGGGCAGAGACAAGAUCUGCACAGUGUGGGACCUGAAGUCUCGGAAAGCCAAGAGAACUGUGCCGGUCUACGAGGCCGUGGAGGGUGUUGUGCUGCUGCCUGAGGGUGAGGACUUGUCUCAGAUUGGAGUGAAGAGCAAAGACUUGCAUUUCAUCACAGCAGGCAGCAAAGGUGUAUUGCGAGUGUGGGAAGCCAGCACGGCGCGUUGUGUCUACGCCCAGACCCUCACGGCCGUCUCUGAGGAAGAGGAAGAGAAGGACGACGACCCCCGCGGUCUAACGUACCUCCUUCACCUGCCUGCCUCCUCCAGACUGGCCACAAUCACAGCGGAGCACAACAUUGUGCUCUACCAGCUGCCUGGUCUCACCACACAGCAGCAGUUUGUGGGAUACAAUGACGAAGUGCUGGACGUGAAGUUUUUGGGUAAAGGGGACAGCCACAUUGUGGUGGCCACCAACAGCUGCCAGCUGAAGGUGUUUGAGCUGCUCACCAACAGCUGCCAGAUCCUCUACGGACACACAGAUACCGUCCUGUCACUGGACGUGUUCAAAAAGGGCUUUCUCUUUGCGAGCUGUGCAAAGGACAGGUCAGUGCGUGUGUGGCAGAUGGACGGUGACAGUGGUCGGGUGCACUGUGUGGCUCACGGCUCCAACCACGCUAACGCGGUGGGCUCCAUCACCUGCUCCAGGAUGAAAGCGUCUUUCGUAGUGUCUGGCAGUCAGGACUGUACCCUGAAGGUUUGGGAUCUCCCAACAGACUUGUCUACUACAGGAGCGGACAUACACCAGCUGACCCCCCGCGCCACGGAGAAGGCACAUGACAAGGAUGUAAACAGCGUGGCGGUGUCUCCCAACGACAAGCUGCUGGCUUCGGGGUCCCAGGACCGCACGGCCAAGCUGUGGUCGCUGGCGGCGGAGGGGAUCGUGGGCAUGCUGGGGGUUUUCAGGGGCCACCGGCGCGGCGUCUGGGCCGUCUGCUUCUCUCCCGUCGACCAGGUGCUGGCCACGUCCUCCGCAGACGGCGCCACCAAACUGUGGAGCCUGCAAGACUUCAGCUGCCUCAAGACAUUUGAGGGUCACGAUGCAUCGGUGUUGAAGGUGAUCUUUGUGAGCCGAGGCACUCAGCUGCUCACCAGUGGCUCGGAUGGUUUAGUGAAGCUGUGGACCAUAAAGACCAACGAGUGUGUGAAGACGCUGGACGCCCACCAGGACAAAGUGUGGGGUCUCCACUCCAGCAGCAAAGAUGACAAGAUGGUGACGGGUUCAGCCGACUCCAACAUCACUGUGUGGGUGGAUGUGACUGAGGUGGAGCUGGCAGAGGAGCAGGCCAAGCAGGAGGAUCAGAUACUUAAGCAGCAGGAGUUGUCCAACCUGCUCCAUGAGAAGAAGUACCUGAAGGCCCUGGGUCUCGCCAUCUCCCUGGACCAGCCUCGCACUGUGCUCGCUGUGAUUAAAGCGAUCCGUCAGGUGGAGAAUAGCCACACGCUGUUGGAGAAGACGGUGCUGAAACUACGAGUUGAUCAGAAAGAGUCGCUCCUGCGCUACUGUGCCGUGUGGAACACCAACGCCAGAAACUGUCAGGAUGCCCAGGCCGUCCUACAGGUGCUCCUCACACACCUGCCGCCUGAGGAGCUGCUGCAGUACCAGGGCGCCCGAACCCACCUCGAGGGACUCAUUCCAUACACAGAGAGACACAUGCAGAGGAUCGGCAAUCUGCUGCAGGCGUCCAUGUUCUUGAACUACAUGUGGCAGAAGAUGAGAGUGGCCGGAGCACCGUCCAGCAUGGGCCAAGAUGAAGAAGAAAUGGAUACCACUCCUCUUGCACAGCCUUUCUUUAUGGUUGACAAGGAGAAAGGAAUGGAAAGCGGUGAUGAGGAGAAACAAGACGGCGAUGACAGUGAUGGCGGACAAGAUGAAGAUCCAAAUUGCCCAGUUAAAGAAAAAGAGGAGGAGGAGGGGGACGAUGAGGUCAGUGCCUCAAAGAAAGCCUCCACCAACAACGGGUUAGUAGAAAACGGAGGGAGCCCCAAAUCAAAUGGCAACCACCACUCAGAAAGUGAGGAGAGCUCAGAAGAGGAAGACCUGGAAGAUCAAACCACAGCAAAAGUGAUGAAAUGUCUCCCAGUGUCCUCCACUGUACAAUGCCAGACUUUCUCCAGCUGACGGGGAUCUCCGGCCCGUUAACGGAUGACUCUCGCUCCCGAAAGGGGGGGGUCGUCUUAUCUCGGACCACUCAGUGGACUGACACACUGAAUGUGUGGCAGUUUAGGGAGAGAGAGAGACCGGUGUGGAGCGAUGACGAUGAAACCGACAAUAGAUGUGCAUCCCCCGUCUCAGCAGCUCGUGAAGAUGUUCUGUCUUGUGCCAGUAAAGAUUGUGCACGAGUUAUUUUUCAUUUGGAGUUUAAGCAGAAUAAAAGUAAAUAAAUGUAACCAGCCUGAUUUCCUCAAACAAAGUGGAUAUUAGGAAAGAAAAGAGGAGAGACUGAAGGAAGACUGAGUUGCAUAAACAUUCAGGCAUUGAGCCAUGGUCCCCUUCCCCCACUGCAGAUACCAGCAGCACCCUUUGUCUCGCCCUGAUCUACCGGUUCGACCACAGCACACAAGGUUCCUUUCAUAACCACAAUUAGUUUUUUUAUUCCAUAACUACAAAUGUUUAUAUAAUAAAUAAAAUCUGUUCUUUGUGAUUUAACAAGAGUUUCAUUUUUUUCCAAAUGCACCAUAUUAUUUAAGAGUGUUCAAGCAGUCAGUUGCAUGCAACGUGACUUCCUUGUAACUUAGUUGCUUAGUGGAAACAAGGUGAUAAUCUUCUUCUGUAAAACUUGGUUGGGGAACGUAACGAAGACAUUUCUGUGCACCAAUCCAACAAACAGUUGCACUAAAUGAUGAGUCGAUGACAGACUUUAUGGCCCAUUAUCCAAAACUUUACUGAGAGAUCUGACUGGAGUCACAUUUCAAACCACCUCCAAAUGUAGUUUGAUUCCAAUUUGCAAAAAUCCCAUUUCAUGCAUCUAAAGAUCAAUCUAGAUACAAUCUGCUUAUGCAAAAGAAAUUACAAAUGUUUUUGAGUUUGCAGUGUGAAGAAGUUUGGAUAAUGUAUAUAAAGAUUAUUAUAAGACAAACUGACAAUUUCCUUCUGGUUUUAGCCAUUCAUCUGCUCUUAGCUGAACACUAGUGUCGAGGUGAAACAGUUAAUCUAUUUGACAAUGAAAUUUCCAAGUCCCAGCUCCUCACUUGUGUAGCGACUGAAAAUAAUGAAUACAAAUUGAAAUCAAAGACAAUUGAAGAUGAAAUCAAGUUAUCCAAAAAAAAGUUUUAUUUGUUCCAAGCUCUUCAGUAACACGUGAACACACACACAGAAUAUACACGGUCAGACUGCUGAGUGUAUAUUUACACACAUCCCAUUCGUCAAGUUGAGUUUGCUUUUAACAGGCUUGAGCAGGAAAUAGAACUACCUGCACUCUGGUAUUUCAAACAAACAUUUACUUUUGCAUGAAAACAAAUCAAUCAAGUACAGUCAAAAAUGCAUAUAAGGCACAACACAAGGAUUCCAGUAUGGAAAAUAAAUGUUCAUUCAUGAGUGUUUAAUGUUUCCUUAUUAAUCUUGUUUAUAUACAAACACACACACACACACUCAUAUUAACUGGUUUUGCUAAAGGCCAAUAUAGAUAUAGCUUCUGGUGCAACGCCUCUUAAUUCUUAGAUAAAGUACCUUGAUAAUAAAGAUGAAGCUACCCAUCAGUAUAAACUUCAGAGACUCAUUAUCUCUAUUUGAGUGGGUGACAGGCUGCCUUUGGUUGCGUUCUUGCGGGUGAUGGUGGUACACCGGGUGAGGAUAUCCUGGGCCCGUGGCCUGGGUGGCACCUUAGGUGUUAUCGGGCCCUUGUAGAGGUUGGGAUCAGAGAUGCUGGGCAUCAUUCUCCCCUCCGGGAUGCUCGUCGGGCUCAGGUGGUUGCUCGCCAUAGGGGAAGGCGUACGGCUGAGACGCAGCUGUUCCCCGUUGUAGCUUUGGCUCAGGUUCAGGUUGAAGGACGAGGAGCUCGCCCAGGAAGAAUUGAGCUCGUCGCUGAAGUCGCUGUCGCUCAAAAAGCUUUCCUCGCUAUCUGCUCUCGGGCUCAUCUCACGCUUCUCCUGUUUUCCGUCCAUCUCCAACAUGAUCGUGGGCGGAGGGACGUACUUUGCAGUCGUAGGUGAGGUGGCAGCUGGAGGCUGAAAGUGAGGUUCUUCAGGCAGGAUGUCCAGAGAGGUCAAUCUCUGCUGCCUG